GCGAGUUGAACAUCUCCUGCAAAACCCAGCAAUCCCUCUAUUUAUCUACAACAAAAUAAAUAAAUAACGCAAGCGAGGGAAACUGUGCAACCACGCACGCGUAGUGCGAUAAAUAUGUCAGUGGAAGCAGAUCGGAUGGGCAUAGAGGAAGAGACGGAGACGGUGGCCACCGCCGUGGAAACCAACAAUAAGCUCAAAGACCGAAAGGUUUCUUGGGCUAAGCUCCGCCGCGUAGAUUCUCUCAACUUAGAAGCUGGAAGAGUUUCGCUCAGCGACAGCCAUGGCUCUAAGUUGAGUUGGAGAACAACGUUGAGUUUGGCAUUUCAAAGUAUAGGAAUUGUUUAUGGCGAUAUUGGAACAUCUCCUCUGUAUGUGUUUGAGAGUACUUUUACUGAUGGAAUAAAAAACAAUGAUGAUAUUCUUGGUGUGUUAUCCCUCAUCAUCUACACUAUUGUGCUCAUUCCUAUGCUUAAAUACGUCUUCAUUGUGUUAUGGGCUAAUGACAACGGCAACGGUGGAGCAUUUGCAUUGUAUUCACUGAUAUGCAGACACUUAAAGGUUAGUUUGGUUCCAAAUCAACAACCAGAAGACAGAGAACUUUCUAACUAUAAACUGGACACACCCUCUAACAAGUUAAAACGAGCCCAAAGACUGAAGCAGAUGCUUGAGAACAGUCACACUGCUCGUAUUCUUCUUUUGCUUGCAACCAUAACAGGAACUUCCAUGGUCAUAGGAGACGGCAUUCUUACUCCUUCAAUUUCAGUCCUUUCUGCCGUAAGUGGAAUCAGUACAUCACUGGGUCAAGAAGCUGUAGUGGGGAUCACUAUAGUGAUCUUAAUUGGCCUAUUUUCGAUGCAACGAUUCGGUACGGAUAAAGUGGGAUUCACCUUCGCACCAAUUAUCUUUGUGUGGUUUGCAUUCAUUGGGGGGAUCGGUCUCUACAAUUUGUUCAAAUAUGAUCUUGGAGUGUUACGUGCUUUUAAUCCAAAAUAUAUAGUCGAUUACUUCAAACGCAAUGGUAAAAAAGGAUGGUUAUCACUUGGUGGAGUGUUUCUAUGUAUAACAGGAUCUGAAGCUAUGUUUGCAGACUUGGGUCACUUCAAUGUACGAGCAAUCCAAAUGAGCUUCUCUUUCAUUACAUGUCCUGCAAUAUUGGCUGCAUAUAUUGGGCAAGCAGCAUUUCUACGAAAGUUUCCUGGAAAAGUGCAGAAUACUUUCUACGCAAGUCUACCACACUCCAUAUAUUGGCCAACAUUUGUGGUAGCUGUUGGUGCUGCAAUCAUAGCAAGUCAAGCAAUGAUUUCAGGAGCAUUUUCCAUUAUAUCGCAGGCUCUAAGUCUAGGUUGUUUUCCACGAGUUAAAGUCGUGCAUACUUCCACUAAGCAUCAGGGUCAAGUGUAUAUUCCAGAGAUCAACUAUAUGUUCAUGAUUGCAUGCAUUAUUGUUUGUGCUGCCUUCAAGACUACAGAAAAGAUUAGUCAUGCAUACGGGAUUGCCGUUAUCGGGGAUAUGAUGAUCACAACAACUUUGGUUUCGUUGAUAAUGUUGGUUAUAUGGAAGAAGAGCAUAUGGCAAGUUGCUAUUUUCUUCUUGGUAUUCGGUUGCACAGAAGCUUUGUAUUUCUCAUCUCAGAUAACCAAAUUCACGGGUGGAGGCUUUCUUCCAAUUGCUUCUGCUUUGUUCAUAACAACAUUAAUGGGAAUCUGGCAUUACGUGCACAAAGAGAGAUACAUGUUUGAGCUCAGAAACAAAGUUUCCAGUGAGUACAUAAGAGAAUUGGCCGUCAAUCCAGACAUAAGCCGAGUUCCGGGAAUGGGGCUUCUCUACUCUGAGCUUGUUCAGGGGAUUCCUCCGAUAUUCCCUCAUCUCAUUGCCAGUGUGUCAUCCAUCCAUUCGGUCCUUGUCUUCGUUUCGAUCAAGGCCAUCCCUGUCAGCCGAGUUGCUUUGGAGGAGAGGUUCCUAUUUCGCCAUGUCGAGCCUAGAGAGUAUCGAAUGUUCCGGUGUGUGGUGAGGCACGGUUACAAGGAUGGACUUGAAGAUCCUAUCGAGUUUGAAUCCCAAUUAAUACAAAAUCUUAAGGCCUUCAUUCAACAAGAAAGUUUUAUGCUUACUGAGGGGGCUGAUGUAGCAGAAAGUAGUGAUCAGAUGGCACUCAAAGAAGCAGAAGCACAAGUAUUGCAGGAAGGAACUAAAGUAAGGUCUGCUAAUUCUUCCAGCAGAAUAAUUCCAAACAAUAAUAACCAAGGCAUUGUGUCUCGUGCCUCCUCGGAUCCCAUCGUUCAUGUGGCACCUAAAAAGUCGUCCACUUUCUCUGAUCCGCCCAUCCAGGGUGCUGAAGAUGAGGUCAAAUUCAUAGACAAGGCAAUGGAAAAGGGUGUGGUAUAUAUGUUAGGCGAAGCAGAGGUGGUGGCUCAAUCAAAUUCAUCUUUCCUCAAUAAAAUAGUUGUCAACUAUGCUUACAGCUUUUUGAGAAAGAACUUCCGCCAAGGAGACAAGUUAAUGGCAAUUCCUCGUAAGAGACUUCUCAAGAUUGGAAUGACAUAUGAAAUAUAACUCCAUAUUUCAGUGCACAUUAGUAGGAAUCGUUUGCUCCUUCGCUUGUUCUCUCACAUUCACCAUUUGAUACAUCAUACAUGUAAGGUCAUUUUUUAGUGUCUUAGUAUAUAGAAAUAAAACAAUCAAGUAUCAAAUAAUGAAUAUAACAGAGCAAGUGCCUAAGAAUUUCUCGGGGCAAAGGACUUUGAUGAUUCACCGAAACAUGUCAAUAGCCAUAUAAAUCAUGUAUAUCUAGUACAUCUGUAACUACUAGCGGCAAAGCCUUUUUUUGUAGUA